UCCGGGUCCUCUGGUGGGUCCAGCAAAUUGGCUCGCGGCGGGGGCGCACCGCGGGCGCUGAUUGGUGGGUUUGGGCGGGCGGGCCCUGUUUGAAAUCCGUUAACGGCGGCGCCGCGCGGGGCGGCGGCGUUGGGGAAAAGAAGGGAAGCUAAUCAGGCGAAGCCGGGCUCAAGUAACAGAAAAAGCAUUAAGGGAGCUAUUUUUGUGCGGUGCUUUUUUAAAGCUAGAAGACCUUCAACUUAAUCUAACAAUAAGAACUGUAGUGGUACAGGCAGAGGACUCGUGGGGACAGUGUGACAGCGAAGAUGGCUAGAUCAGAAUCCCGCUAUUCCUUUGACGUCCCAAACACCUGCAUCAACUUUGCAACUCUGAGUGAGGAUGAUGCUGAUAUACACAACGCAGACUCCUGGUUUGACCAAAAAGCCAAUAUGGAGAAUAUCCCUCCUGCAGAAAAUGUGGCAAAGGUCUCACACAGCAGCCCUGCUUAUACAAAGCCUGAUGUUCUCUCUGUCUUCACAUCACAAGGAGUAGCAAUGAGUGAAAGCGAUGGUGAAGCAGAGGGUGCACAGACCCACGUGAUCUCUCAGAACAUCAUUGGGUCCCUGGCAACCUGGAGAGCUGCUGCCCCUGCAGAGGCCCCUCAAAGAACGAGCAAGAGACCAGCUGCAAAGCCAAGAAAAACCCACCAGCGCAAGCAGCCAGGGAGAAUCAAAGCAGAGAGAAUUGCUAAUGCCCUGGAUAAUAAGGAAGAGGUUCCACCUCUGAAGAAAAUGAGAAUCCUUAGAUACCAGGGGAAAACUGGACAGUCUAUGCCUGGGCCUAUGGUGAGUUCUGGCAGCAGAAAGGAGACGGAAGAAUCCACAAAGGCAGAGCCCUCACAGGAUCCUGCCCUGUCCCCAGAGAGAGAGAAAAGCAAACCACCCAUGCCCUCCACACCAACAGUGUUGAAGAGGACCAAACCUUCUAGCAAGCUGAAGAGUACAGAGGAGCAGGAACUUGAAAAGAUGCAGCAGUUGCAGCAGGAGGUUAUGGAGCUGCGGAAGAAGAACGAGGAGUCUCUGAAAGCAGCUAUUGCUGGAGCAGGACAACCCCUGAAGAGACCCGUUGGUCAAGUAACAAAGCCAAUUGAUUUCCACUUCUGCACAGACAAUAGGAUUAAACAGAAUGUGGGAAGCCAGCCUGAGAAUGAGUACAAGGAGCUGGAUUUUGCAGCAGUACUCAGGAAGCAUCCCCCUUCUCCGAUGCGAGUGCCAAAGGGACCCACUGUCCCCAAACCUUUCAACCUGUCCCAGGGAAACAAAAGAAAACUUGAAACCACAUCAGAAUACGUGUCCUUUGCUGAGCAGGUAGAAGCAUUCCAAAAACGCACACCCUCUCGUUACCAUUUGAGGAGCAGGAAACCUGAGGAAGAAGGCCACGUUUCAGGAAAGUCUGUGAAGCCUCAUCUCACCUGUGCCAAAACACCAGUGCUCCGAACAAAGCAGCGCUCGAGACCUGUCACCUGCAAAACUGCAGCAGAGUUAGAAGCAGAGGAAGUAGAGAGAAUUCAACAGUACAAAUUCAAAGCGCGAGAACUCAAUUACAAAAUCUUUGAGGGUGGGCCACUCCUGCCCAAGAAACCCCGUGUGAGGAACGUCACACAACCCAUUGGCUUCGAGUUGGAAACAGAAAAAAGGAUUCAGGAGCGUGAGAGUAAGAAGCGGCAGGAGGAAGAGCGCUUCGAAUUCCAUUCCAGGCCGUGUCCCACAAAAAUCCUAGAGGAUGUUGUGGGUGUUCCGGAGAAGAAAGAACUUCCUUGUACAGUCCCCAAGUCUCCAGCCUUCGCCUUGAAAAGCAGAACCCGCGUGUCUGGCAGAGAGGAAGAAAAGGAAAAGGGGGUGGUGCCUGUGAUCAAAGCUAACCCUAUGCCACAUUACGGAGUGCCCUUCAAACCCAAAAUGCCAGAGCAGAGGCACGUGGAAGUUUGCCCCUUCUCUUUUGAUGCCCGGGACAAAGAGCGGCAAAUACAAAAAGAGAAAAAAAUAGAAGAAUUUCAGAAGGAAGAGGUGCCGAAGUUCAAAGCGCAGCCUCUGCCUUACUUUGACCAAGUUAAACUGCCAGAAAAGAAGGUCAAAGCCCCAACCCAGCCUGAACCAUUCCAUCUGCAGGUGGAUGAGCGGGGAGCUGCCAAGCUCGAGAGCUGGAAACAUCAGCUUGAAGAAGAUUUGAAAAAGCAGAAAGAGGCAGCAUGUUUUAAAGCUCGUCCCAACACAGUGGUGUACCAGGAGCCUUUUGUGCCCAAAAAGGAGCACAAAGUACUAUCAGAGAGCCUUUCUGGUUCUGUAGUUCCUGAAAGCUUUGAGCUGGCAACGGAAAGAAGAGCAAAAGAACGUCAAGAAUUUGAAAAGCGAUUGGCAGACGCAGAAGCUGUAAGGGAGAGGUAUCAGGAGCAGAUCAGGCAGGAACAAGAGGAGCGUGAAAAGGAAGAAGUUGCUAAGCUAAGGCAAGAAAUGGUUCACAAGGCAAACCCAAUACGCAAAUACCGCGGCAUAGAAGUGAAGCCCAGUGAUCAGUUACUGACUUUGCCAAAGUCUCCCAACUUCUCAGAUAGAUUCCGGUGCUGAUGAGCACCCACGUGAUAUUAGGAGGGAGAUCCCAUCCCUCUCUACUCCCUUGGUAGGAGAGAGAGAGCAGUUGUUUUUCUGUGACUCUGCCUGAACUCAUACCCUUGGUUCCUUUGUACUGAAUAGUUUAACUCCACCUGAGCCCGUGGCAUCCCACCUAACUAAAUAAAGUUUCCUAAUAUGAUCGCUGUCUCUGGCUAGUGGGCUGAGGCCCUUUCCUGCAGAAGAGUUUUUGAUAAAGGCUGACUGUACAGAUGUGUGCAUCUGGCAGAGCUGUCUAAUCUUUGUACACUAAGUGUUGUUUUCAAGUGUCUGGUUUUUAGCUUUUAAAUCUGUAUUAAGCUUGAAUUGUGUUAAAUAAUGUGAGGCUCCCGCAAGCCAACACAGUGCGGGUCAGACCUUUCUCAUGAUGUUUAGAUGAACAAUAUAAAUCUUGCUCAUGCUUUAAAGUAAUUCUCUGUGUACAUUAGAGCAUUAAACCUUCUUGCUCUUUUAUAGCUGAAGUCCUUCUAUUUGGGGAACCAUUUAACUGACAAAUGACUUGCUGUGAGCUGCUGCCCCAGCUCCUGCCAGUGCAGGUCUCUUGGCUACAGAGACAUCAGUGUCUCUGGCCAGUCUGGGCAGCAAGCAGAGUUAAAUAUAGCCCAAGUGCUCAAAUGUGCCAGAGAACAAAACUGCCAGCAUUGUGAAGUCACAUUUAGAUUAAAAAUUUAAUAAUUAUUUCUUACCUUGGUAUUGUGCUCUGAUUUCUUGCCUUUGUAUCUUGCUGGUAUACACGUGAGCAGGACUGCCUGCUGCUGUUGUGCUGUUCAGAACAGAGGAAAAAAAGGAAAACUUAGAAUUAAUGUGUCCAGGUAGGACAAACUUCCUUGUUUGGGGGUUAUGGCAAACACUUGCUUUCAUUUCCUCUGAAUUCAGAUACUAUUGGAGAAGUAUUCUUAGAGUGUGGCCUUUUAUUCAGAUUUUUGGGUGGAGAAGAGAAGGAGCUCAAACUUGAGGUGUCAGACUCCAGCUGAGGGGAUGGUUAGAGGUGCCAUCUCAUCCUUGCCAAAGAACAUCAAGCAAUUGCUGUUUUACUCCUAAACUAGGGGAGGUAACAGAGGGAGAAAUUCCUCAGAGAGCUAAAUUCCAAGAUGAACAUUUGUUGUACCUGAGGGAUUAUGUUUCUGCAGGAAUUCUAAAAAGUGUGAUGCUGAAGGGAUACCAUGGCAGAACAGCUGGAGUCUCUAUGGGAGUGUUUCAAAGAGCACCAGCCUCAAAAUUCUCUGCUUGGAUUAAAAGAGGAAAAAACCCCCCCCUGCUGAAAUAUAAGGGUUCUUUAAAAAAUUAAAGGUUUUUUGCAGUUAGUAACUAAGGAACUCUGGAGAACCAGAGGGCUGAGGAAAUGUGUUGGUACUGAAGAUGAAUGACUCUGGAGCAGUGUGGCCUCUUGGAAAUAGUGAACUCAGCUCUGGCUCCUUUUUGCUCAAGUUACACUUUUCCUUCCCUUGAGGAUUUUUGCGUAGGUGUGGCAGAGCUGCACCUGAAAGGGUUGACCCAGUCACCCAGGAUACCUUCAGCCAUAUGUUUCUGACUUUGCUGGUAGCCCCAUGUUGCUGAGCUCAGGGUAACAGGAUGGCCAGAACAGCUCCUGUCACUGCUGCUGUGACAAUUUACAGGAGUGACUGGAGCAAGAGGGAUGUGUCAGCAUCCUCUUCUUGAAAACUAGGAUCAGUGUGGAUCUGGCCAGUCUGCCUUAACCCCAUUUCUGUUGCAGUGGAACUGUUCCCUGCAAUCUACUGGACAGGGACAUGGCUGAACUUCAGAUGUGCAGUCAGGGAAUUCUUGCUGCUUCCUCGAGUGCCAGCUCUGGAGCCAGCAGCGUGUGGGCAGCAGGAGCAGAAAAUAUUUAUGAUGAGUCAGGAGAAAGCUGGAAUGAUGAUGAGCUGCUGAAGAAUGUAAAGGCAAACAGGAUAAUGAGGCUAUGGAGCUGGAGCAGCCAAUGAUCCCUGAAGGAUGGACCAGCUGGAUUUCCCUGAUGGCCCUAUAUGGCCUCUGCUCCUGCCCUGAGGAAGGCAUUGUGUGCCUGACAGCUUGGCAGUUUUUUCCCCCAACGGUAUCAUUUGGGUCUAAUAAAAGACAUUACAUCUUCCCCCAGACGUGGCCUCUUGUAUUCCCCAGGCACUACAAAGAGUGGAAAGAACCUCAGACAGCUGUGCCUGCAAGGAUCUGGGGUGUUGGGCUGAGCUGGAGUCACCCACCACGUUCCCACAGGCCAAUGGGUGGGACCUGCCCCCUUAAUUAGGAGGGAGGUGUUGACAUGGUGAAAGAAGUGCUCUAGUGUAGAAAGUGUGUAAGAGAUGGGUGUCCUGGAGGAGCGCUGGAUGUUGGAGAGGAUGGGGUUUGGUCAAGGCUUCAUCAGGGAAAUGGGGGCAGGUGAUUUUCCCAGUGUCAGGGAGAAUAAAGUUACAGGACUGGAGCAAGAGACAAGAUUGGAGCAAGAUUUGACUGAAUACUGUUCCAGCACCUACCUUUAGAGUUGGGGUAGGUUGAGAAACUGAUGUAAAAUCUAUAUUCUCUCUGCAUGGAUUUUGCAAAAGCAUUCUUGUAUUCCAGAACUCAAAACCCAUCACCUUGGUCCUUGAGAGCAAGGAGUGGGAGGACAGGAGGGGAGGAGAGCUGGAUACAAAAUCUUCCUCUGAUGCAUUUCUAGUUGAGCUGUACCCAAAAUAAUUUCUUAUCAAAGUAAUUUGCUGAACUCAGACUAGAGCUGUAACUAAAAGGCAAUGUUUUCCUGGACUUUUAUGUUGAAUUGCAAGAUCUGAUUAUCUAGUGAAUAAAGUUUUUAUGAAAA